AUGGAUAAUGAAUUUGUUGUCAGAUCAAACAGUCUGUGCCUUCAACUUGGUUAUGGAAUAGGCCAUGUUUUAAAUGAUGUUUGUGCAAGCUUAUGGUUUACCUACUUUUUAGUAUUUUUUCAUUUAGUUCUUGAGUUUAGUUCCACUCAAGCUGGCAACUUAAUGUUAAUAGGACAAGUGGUAGAUGCUAUUGCAACACCAUUUGUUGGGUAUCAUUCUGAUCACACUGACAAUUUUAUAAGUGCCCGAUAUGGAAAACGAAAAUUGUGGCAUUUAUUUGGCACUUUUUGUGUUUUGUCAUCUUUCCCAUUUAUUUUCAUGAAAUGUAUUGGGUGUUCAAUGGCACAUAAAUGGGCGCAGAUGUAUUACUUUGCAGCAUUUAUUCUAAUUUUUCAAAUUGGAUGGGCUGCAGUUCAGAUUUCACACUUAAGUUUGAUACCAGAGCUGGCUGAAGAUUCUCAUAUAAGAACACAUCUUACAGCAAUUAGAUAUGGGUUUACUGUGUUUUCAAACUUGUUUGUCUAUAUUAUCACAUGGAUUGUAUUACACAUUACAGGAGAGUGUGAUAAGGAGCAAGUGGGACCAGCAGAUGCCUGGAAGUUCCGGCACAUUGUUUAUAUAGUGUUGGGUGUUGGUACUACAGCUUCUGUUCUUUUCCACAUAUGUGUGUCUGAAGGAAGAGGAUUUAGGCAGCAACAACCAUUAAUUGACCAUAAUGAUGGCAAUAGAGUGCAUUUGAGCAUAUUUCGAAAACUUCGUUUGUACCAGGUGGCGGGGGUAUAUAUGAGCACUAGAAUUGUUGUCAACAUUACUCAAGUACUAAUUCCUCUGUACUUACAUAAAACGUUAAGCUUAGCAGCUCGGUCGCUUGCCGUGAUCCCUUUAGCCAUGUAUCUGGGGAGCUUAUUAUCUGCUGGAGCACAGAGGUUAGCUCCAAGAUCUUUCACCCGAAAACUAAACUAUUUUGUUGGAUCCAUUUGCUCACUUAUUGGUUUUACAUGGAUUUACCUCGAUUCCGAUUAUAACUACAAAGUAUAUUAUAUUUACGUUGUUGCAGUGUUAAUAGGUUUUGGCGGAUCUCAAAUGCUUGUCACAAGCCUCGCUCUAACGGCGGACCUAGUCGGUGACAAAACUGAGGCUUCAGCAUUUGUCUACGGUCUUAUGAGCUUUACUGACAAACUUUCAUGUGGAGCAGCUAUCGCUAUAAUACAGAUGUAUGCUGACGGUGCAAGUGCAAGUUACUACCGAGAUAUGUUGUCAUGGGUGUGCGGUGGUGCGUCCGUCCUGGGACUCAUUUUAACAUUAUUGAUGCCCAAGUUAACAUCCGAUGCUCAACUUACUGAUAGCAGACCUUCGAUAAAUGUAAUCGAAGAAGAAACAAGUUCAUCGCCUAGUUUAUUAUGA